UCUGCACAAAGGUUGCAAAACUGAUAUGUAGUCAGAUGGAAUAUGAUCUACAAAAAAAACAUUUUUUAAGGAUUACAUUCUUGCUUACUGCAUGCGAAAGUAUUUAAGGCAUACUGCCAUACAGAGACUAUUGUCAUAUCGAUAUAUCAACACCAUCGUCCAUCCAAAAUAUUCCUACAUAAAAGGGUAAACCAAACUAUAAAUGCGUCGAUCUGUGCUGCUGAUGCUCAUAUGCGAGCUAGCACAGCUUUCAGGGCAGGUACCACACUUCCAUUAAGCUGGAGAAAGAAUCAAUUACAGGCUCUCAGAAGAAUGAUCAGUGAAAAUGAGGAAACUAUCCAGAAGGCUGUGUAUGCGGAUUUGGGAAAGAGCCCCGAGGAGGUUUGGUUAGCGGAGACACAAGCCUCAAUCAACGGCAUCGAUAGCAUGAUAGCCAACGUUGAUAGCUGGUCAAGGGCAACUCACGUGGACACUGACGUUUUCAACUAUCCGGCCACAUCGAUGAUUAAACCAGAACCUCUGGGCACGGCCCUGAUAAUUGGUUGCUGGAACUAUCCGAUCACACUCAUCGCCGAUCCCAUGGCUGCAAGCAUUGCAGCCGGCAAUGCAGUUGUUGUCAAAACGGGAGCUGAGACACACUCACCCGAGACGAUGAAACUUCUGUGUGAGCUAAUUCCGAAGUACAUGGACAAUCAAGUUGUGAGCAUUGUUUCUGGUGGCUUUGACGAGCUGCAGGAUCUUUUGUCAAUGCGCUGGGAUGUUAUUUUUGCAACCGGUUCGCCCGGGCUUGGCCGCAUGGUAGCCAAGGCAGGCGCACCAAACUUGACCAAAUGUAUACUGGAACUAGGUGGCAAAUCACCGGUGUACGUUGGCAAAGAUGCCAAUCUAGCAGUAGCUGCCAAGCGCAUUGUGUGGGGAUCCUUGGGCCUAAAUGCAGGGCAGACGUGUAUACGUCCCGAUCACAUGUUCGUAGACAGCUCAAUCGCCGAAGCUUUCAUCAGUACGCUGAAGGAAACGAUUGUCGCUCAGUACGGCGUCGAUCCGCAGCAAAGUAGGGCGUUUGGGCGUAUGGCGAAGGUACCAGCACAUCACAAGCGCUUAUCCAAGAUGAUCAAGAGCGAUAGCAAGUACAUAGUUCAUGGUGGCGAAACAGAUGCUUCAGAUUUCUAUAUCGCACCUACACUAUUAGACUUUGGGACAGACUUUGAGGCAUACCACGCUUCUGCUUGUAUGCAAGAGGAAAUAUUUGGUCCCAUAUUACCCAUCUUACGUGUAGAUGGCGUCGAGAAAGCGAUCGAUUCCAUUCUAACAAGAGAAAAACCACUUGCCAUGUAUGCCUUCACAUAUGACGGGCACGUGCAGGAAAAGUUCAUGAACGUAUCUGCGGGAAGUCUCCAGUUCAAUGAUGCCAUUACAUUCAUGCUGAACGAGAACCUUCCAUUUGGAGGGGUAGGCAAUUCGGGUAGCGGCAAGUACCAUGGCUACCAAGGGUUUGUAGAGUUUAGUCACAUGAAGUCUAUUAUGAUCAAUUCGAAUUUGAAUGACUUAAAGGCACGUUUUUCUCCCCAAACAAAAGCCGAUAUGGCUGUGAUGAAGAUCGCACACCGUCACAUUCCUGGUGUUGUGGUGAGUAGUCUGAACCGAAUGCAUUAUUUUGCCUUUGCCACAGUCGCCGUCAGCGCCGCAGCCUUCAUGCUAGUAAAAUAUCUUUGAAGACGCACUAGCUUUAAUAUACAACAAAAUUAAAUGCCAGACCGGUUUAAAAUGCUUUCC